GAGUUAUUUUCUAAAGGUGGUUGGUUAGGACUUAGGACUUAGGAGAAUGCAUUUGGCAUAAAUUUCUCAGCUUUCACUUAUUUUUAGUGUCACCAGUUAUGCCAUCUUCUAUGUUGCCUUCAUAGUUCAUUAGAUAUAAGAUAGAAGGUGUUUUAUUUGUAAGAUAAUUCUAGAUGAGUUCUAAAAAGAUUACAUGGAAGUCUAUUGUCUUCAUCUUAAGUUGUUAUAAGACCAAAUUCCCUUUGCAGGAAUCAGAAAAACAGGUUUUGAAACAUGGUUCUUUCCAAAGGCUAUGUCUCUCAGAUGUAAGCAUUUCAAGCACUAAUCAAGCCAUUGAGGAUCUUUCUAUUUCUUUUGCUGGCUCAGAGCUUUACACAUUCACUCUGGAGGAGCUCAGAGAAGCAACACAUGAUUUCUCAUGGAGUAAUGUGCUCGGUGAAGGCGGAUUUGGACCCGUGUUCAAGGGUUUUGUUGAUAACAAACUCAGGCCUCGUUUGAAGGCUCAGCCUGUUGCUGUGAAACAAUUGAACUUGGAUGGGUUACAAGGUCACAGGGAAUGGCUGGCGGAAAUUAUAUUCCUUGGACAGCUGAGACAUCCACAUCUUGUUAAGCUAAUUGGAUACUGUUGUGAGGAGGAGCACAGGCUUUUGGUGUAUGAAUACAUGCCAAGAGGAAGCUUAGAGAAUCAAUUGUUCAAAACAGGGUACUCUGCUGCCUUACCAUGGUCAACCAGGAUGAAAAUUGCAUUAGGUGCAGCUAAGGGUCUGGCCUUCCUUCAUGAAGCAGAUAAACCUGUAAUAUACAGGGAUUUCAAAAGUUCCAAUAUCUUGCUCGAUUCGGAUUACACAGCCAAACUAUCAGACCUUGGGCUAGCUAAGGAUGGUCCUGAAGGGGAAGACACGCAUGUAACCACAACAUGCAUAAUGGGAACAAGAGGAUAUGCUGCUCCUGAGUACAUAAUGGCAGGUCACCUUUCUACCAAGAGUGAUGUGUAUAGCUAUGGAGUUGUGUUGUUGGAAUUGCUUACCGGAAAACGGGUACUGGACAAGACCCGGCCAAACCGAGAGCGGUUCCUGGUGGAAUGGGCAAGGCCUCUUUUGAGAGAUCAAAGGAAACUGCAGCAUGUCAUAGACCCAAGAUUGGAAUGGCAGUUUCCUAUGAAAGGAGCUAUGAAGGUUGCUGCAUUGACUUAUAAAUGCUUGAGCCACCACCCCGCUCCAAGGCCCACUAUGAAUGAUGUGGUAAGGAUAUUGGAGACACUUCAGGACUUUGAUGAUGUUAUAAUAGGACCAUUUGUGUAUUUUGCCAUUGGUGAAAGUGGCCAAUGAGAUAUUGUCAUAGGGGUGCUGUAGGAUUGCCUAAUAAGGAGAUGAAUUACCAUCCUGCAGUGUUCCCAGGCACAUAAAUAUGAACCUCUGCAUUUUGGUAACACCAAAAAUUAAAGGAAACGUUGAAUAUCUAUUAAGAUUUAGUUUAUUAUUAGUCUUAUCUCAUAGAGAUAUUGUUAAGAUUUGUUUAUCUAUUUUAGAUUAGUAUCUAUUUAAACAGAUAUGAUAUCUAUUUAAA